AUGGCUUCUUCAUCCUCUGCCUCCUUCGUCAUCUCCAUCGAAUCUGAGUCAACUCGAGAGGCGACCCCGGAGUUUGAUCCCAUAGCCGCGUAUGAGGCCCGCGCUCCUCUGCAUUGGGAUGCAGAAGAGUGGGAUUUCCAGACUUGGUCAGAGGAUGUUGAAUCCUUGACCGACGGUGAAGAUUUCCAGCUCCUCCUUGGUGGGGAAUUGAAUUUAGACGACGACGAUGACGACUUGUCCUGGGAGGGGGACUUCUCGACCUCGAAGGAAGAAGUCGAUGACGCAUCGACCGAGGAAGACUCGACAGCAGCAGGCUUCCUGCGUGGUGGGUCAUUGGAGGACAACGAAGAUGAUGAUGAUGAAGAGACCGAAGGCGGUAGCGGCUACAGUGGUGAUGGCGGCGGAGACGAUACCAGCAGCGACAAUGACGGCAGUGAUGAUGACAGCGAUAUUGGUGCAGCCCCUCCGAUCAAGCGCUGCAAGGCCGAUAUCAUGGAUAUUUCCUCCGGGGAAGAGCAAGCGCGCCAAGAACAUCCAACCCUAGAGGCUCCAGAGAAUCCUGAGAUGACAGUCGACCCCUUGAUCAACCUCCAGGAUCCGAUCCUAGAAACUCCAGAGAAUCUUGCAACGACGGUUGAUACUUUGGUCAACCUUCAGGAUCUGCAGGAGCUGAUUGUCACAUCAUCGGCUAUCAAUCUUUCCCAAGAAAAGGGUCUAAACCUCUUGGAGUUGCUAUCAUUUGACCCUGCAUCCGUCGGCUCAGCCAUACUUGAAGUGGAUGAUCGUCAACCACAGCCGACUGGUAGAAAAGGCUCGGCAGGGGAUUUAAGCCCGUCGCUCACUAGCCCCCUUAAAGCUGAUAUUGCUGAGAGGUUCCGACUGCUCAAGAAGAAGGUGGCUCUGGACGCCAAAACUGACACUUCUGCACUUUCUCAAAGGCUUCAAUUUGUGGAGAAGGAGUUAGAAGAGAUCAAGGCAAAGGUCUGGGCAACCGAGCAGCGCAUCCAGGAUGAGAAGAACCUCAUAGCCCGCUCCAAACAAGAAGCAGAGAAUCUGACUGCCCAGCUGAAGAUAGAGCUCAUAGAGUUGAGUGUUUUGAGUAGACAGAUAGUGUCAGGUGAGGAGAAGGAUGAUGAAGCAGUGAUUGCUAAAGCUGAUCGCGUCCGUCUUGAAGCUAUCACAGCCAUCGAUGAGUUCCUUCAGUAG